GAAUAAAUAUUUUUUAAGAAAAUGGCUUCUAAAAAUUUUAUAUAGAAACGCGUAGCUGAAUAGUUUACAAAAAAUAUAAUUCUACCAAACAGACCAACAGACUUACAUUCUUAUUAAAAAAUGUUAAUGCACAGAUGCACAAAUUUAGGAAUGAAAGAAUUAGAUAUAAUUUUAGGAAGAUGGUCAUAAGAAUUUGUACCUAAGAUGAACUAUGAGGAAUUAAAUUAAAUGGAAUCUGAAAUUUUAGAUUUAGAUACUAUUGAUAUCUAUAAUCUAUUAUUAUAAGUGAAAGUGGCAGAAGAAUUGAAACCUUUGGAAGAAUUGAAAUAUGUAUAAGAAAUAAGAAAUUAUGCAUUAAAAGGUUUGAUAUGAGAUGACUAUUAAUUAUAC